GGCCACGCCCCCUCGGCCGCCGGCCCGCCUGACUUCCGGCGACGUCACUUCUUCCAGGGGCGUGGCAGGCGCGGAGCGGCGUGGGACCCAGUUCCGCGCCAGGCAGCUGGGAGUGGUGGCGGUGUCUUGGGCGGCGGCGGUCCACGUGCUCCCCGCGGCCGGUUAAACUGUUGCAGGGCGCUGCCGAGAGGACUAGUUAAGACCUAUCUCGCAUAGAGAAUACUGAAUCAUUUAGCUAAAAAUGGUAUUUUUUACAUGCAAUGCAUGUGGUGAAUCAGUGAAGAAGGUACAAGUGGAAAAGCACGUGUCCGUUUGCAGAAACUGUGAAUGCCUUUCUUGCAUCGACUGUGGAAAAGAUUUCUGGGGUGAUGACUAUAAAAACCACGUGAAGUGCAUAAGCGAGGACCAGAAGUACGGUGGCAAGGGCUACGAGGGUAAAACCCACAAAGGGGACGUGAAGCAGCAGGCAUGGAUUCAGAAAAUUAAUGAAUUGAUAAAGAAGCCUAAUGUCAGCCCCAAAGUGAAAGAACUUCUAGAGCAAAUCAGUGCUUUUGACAACGUGCCCCGGAAAAAGGCGAAAUUCCAGAACUGGAUGAAGAACAGCUUAAAAGUUCACAGUGAAUCCAUUCUGGAGCAGGUGUGGAACAUCUUUUCUGAAGCUUCCAGCAGUGAGCCAGGCAGCAAGGGGCCGGAGCAGCCGCCCCCCACGCAGGGAACCAAGCCCCAGACAGAUGCCGCCGCCACCAAGCUGCCCCCCGCUGACACGAACGGCUCCCAAGGGGAGCAGGCGCAGAUAAAGAAGAACAAAAGGGAGAGAAAGGAAGAACGGCAGAAGAGCAGGAAAAAAGAAAAGAAAGAACUGAAAUUGGAAAACCAUCAGGAAGACUCGAAGAGUCAGAAGCCUAAGAAGCACAGAAAGGGGCGCGAGACAGAACCAGAGGCCAAGGACGAGGAGGCCCCGAAGGCCAACGGCUCGGCAGGGGGUAAAGGCGAGAAGCAGCGGGGCCAGGCUGGCCUGGCGGUGGCCGAGGGCGGCCCGGACAGCAGGCCGGCCGCGGGGAAGCGCAAGCGGAAGCAGUCGGAAGUUGAAGUGGAGUCUAAGAAGAAAAAGGUGACAUUCCCAGGCGAUGCUGAGGACAGAGAACCAGAAGACCAGGAAGCUCCUGCAAAAGGCAAAUUCAACUGGAAGGGAACUAUUAAGGCCGUUCUGAGGCAGGCUCCGGAUCAUGAAGUAUCAGUCAAGAAGCUGAGGAAAAAGGUCUUGGCGCAGUACCGCACAGUGAUGAGUGACUGCCACAGGUCGGAGGAGGAGCUCCUGGCCACCUUCAACAAGAAAAUCAGCAAAAACCCCAGCUUCCGCUUGUUAAAGGACAGGGUCAGGCUGCUGAAAUGAUCCUUUCACUCUUUGGAAGUUGACUUCUUGCUUUCACUGCUUUCUGUAAAAUGUGUAAUGAAUUAUAACAACCUCCACUUUGCUUUCUAAAGCCGUAUUUUUAAGUUAAGAAAAAGAUAUAUUUUUGUUAGAACUUUUAUGAAAAAAAUAAAGUAUAUUCUUGUCCAGGAUCCUAAA